UUCAAAGUGUUUCUUCCUUGUCAUUAUUCGUGGUGUGCCAUAGUAAAGACUGUAUGUGAAUAAUAUAUGACUAGAAGGUAUAAUUUCAAAAGAAACCUUUAAUUUAAACAUAGUUAAUGAGCUUUGUAUUGAUGGCAUUGUCACAAGAUCAAAGCACACAGUAUAAUUUGCACUAAUGAUGAAGUGGAUGAAGUUCGUACUAGACUUUGAAAUUAGUCUAAAAUAUGGAUGAAAUUCAAAUUGGUUUGGAGUACUGCUACAAUUAAAUAUUAAUAGUCAUUUGGCAAACUGCUAUACGCUAUUUGCUGAAGCAUGUUCGUAGUGGCAAAUGAAGUCUAAAGUCUCCAAAGAAUGUUGCUUUGACAAACCAUUUUUUAGAAAUUAAAAUAUAAUGAAUGUUGAAAACUACAUAUUCAUAAACCUGUUUGUUCUCAAAUUUGUUGGACUUUAUCCAAUAAAUGUUAUAAGAUAUGUUAUAUGCUUUAGUUGCGUUAUACUCAUAGUUAUACCAUUAAUAGCGCACGUUAAUAAAAAUCGGGACAAUCUGAACGAUCUUUUGGAAACAAGUUCUACUUUACUGACAAUAUUGCUUGGUAUAUUAAAGUCCUUAAUCUGGUUUUUUAAGAGAAAAAAAUUGGAAUUUCUUAUUGACUUCAUGCUAACAGAUUAUUGGAGAUUAGGCGAAAUUAGUGUUUUUAAACACUUACAGGAAUAUGCAAUACGUGCUAAAAACGUUACAAGGGGCUACCUAUUUUUAAUAUGUAAUGCUUUACUACUUUUCUUCAGUGUGCCUAUCAUUGAUAUAAUUACUAAUAACUCGACUGUUCUAAAAGACUUUCCAUUUGUUGCAACAUAUCCUUCGGGUUUUUAUAACUUUCCAUACUAUGAGACGGUUUAUAUAUCUCAAAUGAUAGCAACAAGUAUUUGUGGUUUGAUGAUUCUUGCAACCGACACUUUAAUUGCAAGUGCUUUACUCCACACAUGUGGUCAUUUUCAAAUACUUAAAGAGAAUUUAAAGCAAGUAGACUCAGAUAUUUACUGUUUGAAUAAUUUAAAAAAUAAUUCAGAAAGCAUAAGUGCAAUUUCGUGCAGAAUAAAGAUUCAAAUAGCGCACAUUAUUAAGCAUCAUCAAGUGAUACUUUGGUUUUGUGACAAUAUGGAAAAAAAUUUUCAUCUGAUGCUGUUACUGCAAACUCUGGCCAGUAGUCUCAUAUUCUGUUUUGUCGGUUUACAAGUUUCUACAGUAAGGACAAUUUUAAAACUUCUUACUAACUUUAAAACUUCUAUUAUAGAUUACUGAUUAUAGACAUUAAUGGAUCAAUCUAAGUUAAUGAGAUAUGGUUCUCAUUUAAUAAUGGCAGUGUUCCAAUUACUGCUUUUCUGUUUGCCUGGGGAUAUGUUAAUCUCUCAGGUAAAAUGAAUUUCAAACGAACGUGAAUCAUAUUAUUCAAUACAAAAUGAAAUUUUUAAUUUGAAAUUAUUACGUAUUGUAACAGAGUAGUGGCAUACGUCAAGCUGUGUAUUCUAUACAAUGGUAUAGAUUAUCCACUUCUAUCAGGUGUGAAACA